AUGGACCCCACCGGCGGCAGCUGCAUGCGCAGCCCCCAACCCCCAGCCCCACUCUGGGGUUGCCUGCGGGGUGCUGAUGUCCCUACAGCCCCGGGGUUGGGUCACUGCCCCCCGACCCCUUUUUCCUUCCACCCCAAGGCGGAUUUUGCUGCUUAUUCCGAAUUCUCAGCCUCCUGCUUGCUGAGCGCUGCCCACUGCGUCCCAACCGAGGAGCAGCCCCCAGUCUUCCGUCCGCACUCUGAGUGGCAGCAAGCAACGACAGAGGCCCGGAGACUGCUGAGCCCAGGGCUGGCGUUGGCCUCUGGGGACUCAGAGAGUCCCAACCUCGUGAGCACAGCAGCGGGUGUAAGAGAAGAUUAUGAGGUGCCGGUAAACAGCGCGAUGGAGACGGAGAGAAAAGCAACCAAGAGGAAAAAGGAACACUCAGAAAGCCAGUCCUCCAGCAGCAAGGCAGAAGGUAGCAGCAGGUCGCGGAAGGAGAGGACAGCAUUCACCAAGGAGCAGCUGAGGGAGCUGGAGGCAGAAUUUGCCCAUCACAAUUACCUGACAAGGCUCAGGAGAUACGAGAUCGCCGUGAACUUGGACCUCACUGAGAGACAGGUCAAAGUGUGGUUCCAGAACAGAAGGAUGAAGUGGAAACGCGUUAAGGGUGGGCAACCGGUGUCCCCCCCCGAGCCUGAUGCAGAGGAUGCUGAUUCCACCACAUCCCCCAGCUCUGAGUAAUGCCAUAAAGAGAUGCUUGGAGAGGGUGUGACACUGCAGAAGGACACUGCAGCCCCGUAUGGUGGCCCUGUGGGGCACAGACUGAGAGGUGUGCAGUGCCGGAGCUGGCGGAGGAAAAUGGAAAGCACAAAAUAAGGCAAUGGAGAGCAGGACUUUGAGCUUUGUGUGAAUGGAACUCUCUUACUGCCAUAGGGCUACCUUCACAAAAAGGAGCCCAAAAAGAAAAAGAUAAAAACCACUGUAUGUAUACCAGGAAUAAUAUUGUUCAGGCUCCCAAAUGCUCAGAAAAUGUGAGUUAGGAAGAGGCCAGAGGGUGAUUACACAGCUCUGUUCACCUCCAGCCUUUCCCUGGUCGCUUUUGCUCAUCUUUCACUUGGACUUGGGCUCUGAGAAUCACUGAGGUUGGAACAGAUCUCUCAGAUCCCCAAGUCCAAACCCAACCCAUCCCUCCGUGCCCACUGACCGUGUCCCCAAGUGCCACAUCCCCACAUGGGGAGGAGCACCUCCAGGGAUGGGAGCACCUCACCCCCUGGGCAGCUGUGCCAAUACCCAACCUCUCUUCCUGAGAACAAUUUUCUCCUCACAUCCACACUCAAAGCAGCCCUUACCAAACUGCCCAUGCCUCAUCUUUAUCCUUCCAUUCUGGUUUGCUUCCAUAUGUCAUCAUCUCCACCUCUGGAAGGGUCUGACUGAAUCCCAGGACACUUUAAAGCCAAUUUCAAAGCUUAGGAAGUGCAUAAAAGCAGCUUUCUAGCAUAGGAUGACCACAGCAGCCAGACCUGAACACUCCUUCCCUUGCACAC